CUCUCACUGCUUCUCUUCAUGAGCUUUUUGCUUGGCUUCCCCUCUCUCACUGCUUCUCUCAACACGUUCGAGGCCUUUCUGCAACUCCGACCUGUGCUUUGGUCUCCUUCGCGGAACGAAAGGCUGUUUUCUUCCUGUUGGAGAGAGCGAAAAUGGAGGUUUCGUCCUCGGGGGCGCGGAAGAGGGCGCAACCGCCGAGCACGGCGAGCCGGAACCGGGUUUGGUGCUUGGUCGACGGAUGCAGGUCCGAUCUGAGGAACUGCAGGGAGUAUCACCGGCGCCACAAGGUCUGCGAGCUCCACUCCAAGACUCCGGUGGUGAUGGUGGGCGGCGUGGAGCAGCGCUUCUGUCAGCAGUGCAGCAGGUUUCACCCGCUGGUGGAGUUCGAUGAGGUGAAACGAAGCUGUCGGAAACGCUUGGACGGACACAACCAGCGCAGGAGAAAGCCUCGAUCAGAAGAAGCAUCCACUGCUUCUGCUUGCCUGCAUCCACUUCCACCAGCGAGCGGGUUCUCUAUGUAUCCUCUCACGUCGCUCUUGGAGUCUGCUAGUGCCGAGAAAGAUGCACGGGAACAGCGUUUCGCUCCAUCCUUCUCCCACGGCUACGAAGAAGGCGAAGCUGCCUUCUGCCGCACAGCAGUGGACGAAUGCGGUGGAUCGACCCGAGUUCUGCACUCCCAUCGUGUUCUCUCUCUUCUGUCAUCGACGUCUCAAGCUUCGAUCGCAAACGUUGGCCGAAUGCUGCCUGCUGAUACGAGUCCCAUGGAUCAGCCCCUUCUCUCUGGUUCUCAAGCCUCGAGCGGUGUGCUGUCGACAGGGUUCUCUUGUUCGAGGAUGGAGGACGAGCGAGUAGGCGGAGUUGUAGUCUCUGAUACUGAUGCCGAUCUCCAAUGCAUGUUUCUCGUAGAGGGCGAGGAGUCCUUGGACGAGCCUCCCGAUCUCUUCCCUUCUAUUGGCGGUAGUAAACAUCUGUAA